UCAAGAUUCAAGACAUCGCACAUCGAUGUUUUGCCGUUUGCGUGUUUUUAAUAGUUUCGUGAAUUAUUAAAAUAUUCUUAAUUUAGAAUCUUGUAAUAUAAAUAUCUAUCUAUCCAUAAAUAUUAUUUUUGUUUAUGCAGUGCUUUUAUUCAUAUCAUAUUGCAAUCAUCCAAAACUGCCUGUUUCAAAACUCUCGUUAUCAAUGCAAGGAUUAAAAUGUUACACUACAAUUUAUUAUUAUUGAGACAGUAAUAUUGCAGGCACAUACGUAAUAUAAAUUAAUAUUCAGAUGGAGUGCGGUUGAAGCUUGCUUUUGGAAAGACAUAGGAUUUUUACGAGAAGGCUUGUUUUAUUGACUAAAAAUGUCGAAGAAUGGCGAAGUGUCGUCAAAUCAAGGACCUAGUAGGCCAUCAAUGCCGAAGCCUGAUUUGAAUUUAUUGCCAACUGAGAAACGUAAAAUACUAAAUUUGCAACUUGAAGGAGGACCAUCCAGUGAUAAUGCGGCUUUUAUGCCAUUUACUUCAACGGCGCCACAAAGAUCGCGAAUGCCAUCAAGAACAAUAAGGGAUGUGCUUCCAGAUAAUACCAGAGAUAGGUGCAGAAUAUAUCCAUCAAUGCAAUCAUCAGGCAAGUUGCAGCUAUCUGUAACUGAAGUAUAUGACUUCACCUCAGAUGAUUUACAGGAUCUCGGAGAAAUAGGCAGAGGUGCAUUUGGAGCAGUUAACAAAAUGGUUCACAGAAAGUCUGGCAAAGUGAUGGCAGUGAAAAGAAUUCGCUCAACUGUUGAUGAGAAGGAGCAGAAACAAUUAUUAAUGGAUCUGGAAGUUGUCAUGAAGAGUAAUGAAUGCCUUUAUAUUGUACAGUUUUAUGGAGCACUAUUUAAAGAAGGUGACUGCUGGAUAUGUAUGGAGUUAAUGGAUACAUCAUUAGACAAAUUCUACAAGUAUAUAUGUGAAAGGAUGCAAACUCGAAUGCCAGAGACAAUAUUGGCAAAAAUCACUCUUGCUACUGUAAAAGCAUUAAAUUAUUUAAAAGAAAAGUUAAAAAUUAUUCAUAGGGAUGUAAAACCAUCAAACAUUUUACUAGAUAGAAGAGGUAAUAUAAAACUAUGUGACUUUGGUAUAUCUGGGAAAUUGGUCGACUCAAUUGCGCGUACUCGCGAUGCUGGUUGCAGACCCUAUAUGGCGCCUGAAAGAAUAGACCCGGGGCGCGCUAGGGGCUACGAUGUGCGAUCUGAUGUCUGGUCAUUGGGUAUAACAUUAAUGGAGGUCGCAACUGGUGCCUUCCCUUACCCCCGCUGGGGAUCAGUAUUUGAACAACUUCAACAAGUGGUUCAAGGUGACCCCCCACGUCUCACCAAUAAGAAUAACAUCUUCUCAAAUAAUUUCAUCAAUUUUGUCAAUACUUGCCUAAUAAAGGAAGAAACUCAACGACCCAAAUAUAAUCGUUUGUUAGAGCAUCCAUUCAUAAAAGGUAUCGAACAGAGCCGUGCCGACGUUGCUGCAUAUGUUUGUGAAAUACUUGAUGCCAUGGAACGGAAUGGAGUUAGCCCAUUUACCACUGAUCAGCCAGCUCAGGCCUGGAUUGAUUAAUAAAUAUUCAAUAGAUUUUAUUUAAUUCCACGCGAAAAUUUUCGCCAAUAAAUAAAGUGGGUUUAAAUAAAACAAAAAUGUGUAGAAUGUUAGUUAUUUGAAUGUAAACAACAUGUCAUUUCUAUUAUUCAGGGAUACCAAAGCACGAGAAUGAAUAUUUAGUAUAAUGCUCUGUUACAAAUUACCUAAAAGAAUGAACUCAUUCUACAGAGCAUAUACUUGAUCAUUAGGUAAACAAGUACAGUAUAACAUGUAUAUCAAAUUUUAGUUGGAUAUAUGAGAGUAAACCUUUGCGAUUAGUCUCGACUUUGACCCUAAAAUGACUUGCAAAGUUCAAUACUGUUGUGAAAUACAUACAUAUAAUUAUGUAUGUUUUACUCUAAUGUGUUAAAUGUUGAAUAUAUAUAACUAUACCUUAACUUGCUUCUCAGUGGUGGCUUAAGAAUGCAGAUUUUUUAUAAAUCACUGAUCCAAAUUUAGACAUUUAUUAUAAGGUUCACAUUAAUAUUCAUAUUAUAAGUAUAAUAAGGUUAGCAUGCCUAACACUAAAUAGAAGCAGAGUUCAAAUUUCACUAUUUUAUACCAUUAUAAUUGUAGAUUGUAGUCACUGGAGUUGUAGAAAAUUUAUCAACAUUAAUGCAAAACACAGCACUUGCAAACUAUAUUUCAAAAUUAAUUUAUAUAUAAAAGAAUUGUAGUGUAAAUAUAAGAUUGUUUUAAGUGUUUGUUAUAAAUUAUGAGCAAACUGUUUGUGGAGUGUAAUGAAGAUUUCAAUUAAGGUAUAAAUUGAAUAUAAAAUUAAUUGUACAGACAUUUCAUACUUAAAAUUAUGCUAUGGAUGAUUUAUUAAAGGUUACACUUUUGUAAGCCUAUCAUUGAUAUGAAUGGAGUUGGUCAUUAGUACCUAAUCUGUGGCUUAGUGAUUAAUACAUAUGGUCUAUAACCCAGAGUUCCUAGGUUGAUUCUGGGAAAAACAGUUGUUUGGGUUUGCAACAGAGAGCAACAUCCAUAAAAUAAUAUUGAUAUUUAUGAAAGUAGAUUCCAAAAUAAGCUAUACCAUAUAAAUUUCAGUAAUUUUCAGUUAAGUCAUCUUUCACUAAUUUAAUAAACACAUGAUUUUUUCUUAGAACACAAUGAUAUUGUUUCAUAUCAAUUUUGAGUAAAGUAAUUAACUAGAAAUUAGGAAUAAAAUAUGCAUUAACUAGUUAUGUUCAUUCAAUAACGUAAACAAAAGCAAGUAUACGUUUUUUCAGAACCAUAUAUUAUAAUUUAUAUAUUUGCUUAUACUUUGUGUAGUAACCUAGAGAUUUUGAGCUUUUGCAGAGGCAGAACAAUAUCCAAAUUCUGUAUUUUUUUUAUAUUUUAGUAACUAUGCCAGCAAUCAAUCUCAAAUAUUUACCUACUUAAAAAUAUUAGAAUUCUAAAAAACAAACUGAUGAAAAUGUGAAUAUUGUAUUGUUUUAAUACACUGUGAAAUAUUUAAUUAAGAAUAGAAUGAAU